AUGCGUCAGACCUGCAUCUUCUCCGGGUCCUCGCACCCUCACCUCGUCGAGUCAAUCUGCGAGCGUCUCGGCCAGAAGCCUUCUCAGGUCGAACUGAAGAAGUUUAGCAAUGGCGAGACAUCCGUCGAGAUCAAAGCCUCGGUUCGCGACCAGGAUGUCUUUGUCGUGCAAAGUGGGAGCAGCCAAAUCAACGACAAUGUCAUGGAGAUGCUCAUCAUGAUCUCUGCCUGCAAAGGCGGUUCUGCGCGCUCCAUCACCGCCGUUAUGCCAUACUUCCCAUACUCGCGCCAAUCGAAGAAGAAAGCCCACCGAGGAGCCAUCACUGCCCGCAUGCUUGCGAACCUCAUGAAAGUCGCCGGCGUUAACCACGUUAUCACGAUUGACCUACAUGCCUCGCAAAUGCAGGGGUUCUUCAAAUGUCCUGUCGAUAACCUCUACGCGGAGCCUCUCUUGGCCAAAUGGAUCCGAAUGAACAUCCGCGAUUGGCAAGACAGCGUUGUUGUGAGCAAGAACCCAGGCGGCACGAAGAGAGUUACAAGUUUGGCCGAUAAGCUGGGUCUGAGCUUCGGCAUCGUGACAACCGAUCAGAGGAAGCCCAAAAUGUCACCGAGCAUGUACAACUCAGCCAUCUUGGAGAGCCUGGGCGGAGACGGCACGAACGAUCGCGGGGCACUGGAAGACGAAGAUGCAGAAAGCAGGAUACACUCGCCAGAGCGCGAACCAGGAGCCCCAAAAGAGCACGACUGGGCACAAAAGCGCAACAUCAGCCCCAAGUCAGGCGCCGAGGGACAGAGACAGCCCAGCCGGCCAGGCCCACAGCAACGUGCAGUCACCUCGGUGCCUUCAUCUGUCCGAACCCGCUUGACCAACGGCGAACACGCUUCAAGCCCCCUGGCCCAAUCGACUCGCCCAGAAUCUGUCACCGAUGAGCAGAAAGAAGAAAACGACAAUCCAAGGGUACCAUUAAACCGUUCUACGACGAUCCCGACGUUGACCAACUCCCAAACUGUGGCCGAUGAGGAUGGAUAUGAAGAGCCCGAAGGUGAUGACGACUCAGACGAGCGGGCCAGAGAUGUCAUCACUGGUCGUUUGAUUCACGGUCACAUUGUCGACGACGAUGUUCCGUCGCCAAGCCUCUCGCAUUACUCUGGACGCCGUGGUCAUCGCUCUAGCGAGGAUGAAGAGACGCCAGACCACAUGACCCAAUCGUUCAUGUCUACAGCAUCAUCACGUUUCACUGGAGGGAACAAUGGAUCCAAUGCUGUGCACGGCUUGGGCGGUACGGGAGAUGCAACGCACUCGGACGAGGAAGAAGAGGAGAACCUUCAGAAUCCCGACAUCGAGACUCGCGUGACUCUCGUGGGCAAUGUCCGUGACAAGGAUGUCAUCAUCGUGGAUGAUAUGAUCGACAAGGCUGGUUCCUGGAUUGCCGCUGCAGAGACUGUUGUCAAGCGUGGUGGUGCAACGAGAGUAUACUGCAUGGCUACGCACGGUCUGUUUGGCGGCGAUUGUCUCCAGCAACUGGACGAGUGCGACGAGAUUGAAGCUGUGAUUGUCACCAAUGCUUUCCCGAUUCCAGACGAGAAGCGCCAUGGUAUCCGGAAGCUCGUCGUACUUGAUGUGUCUGGGCUGCUCUCCGAAGCUAUUCGACGAAAUCACCACGGGGAGAGCAUCAGCCAGCUAUAUCACCACUGGGACUGA